AUGUUGGUUACUACAGACGCUUUAUUUAGUUGGAAUAUUCCAUUCGAUGACAUUGAACAAUAUGCAGCUUAUCUGAAUAAAAACUCCUCUGUCGAUAUGACGGAAAUGUUUGUUUGUAAUUGCACACGGAAUCGAAUUGGAUCUUCUUGUCAGUAUGAACAACCGUCAGGAAUCUCAACUAUUGGUCAGAUUAUUGAAAAUCAAAUAUCUCGAAUUAAAGACCGUCUCAACGAAAUUAUUACUUGUUUAAUCGAUGAAAUACAAUGUAAUACUGGUUUACUCUGUCUUGAAUGGCGACAGAUAUGUGAUGGGAUUCCUCAAUGUGAUGAUGGGGCUGAUGAAACUAAUUGUUACUUACUUGAAUUUAAUCAUUGCGAAAAAGAUGAAUAUCAGUGUCGAAAUGGAAUGUGUAUUCCAACUGAAUUUCUUUUUGAUGCUGAUUUUGAUUGUAUGGAUAUGAGUGAUGAACAAGAAAAUCAGCUUCUUUAUGCACCUUUUUUACGAUGUUCAAAGAAGUCAACUUGGGCAUGCGAUGAACGUCUAUGUCGUACGGAUCAAUUUUCUUGUGGUGAUGGUGAAUGUAUUCAUUGGUCAAAUCUAAUACACCAUCGUACUAUGUGUGACAAUCUGCGGGAUCUAACCUAUAAUUGUGAAACCAUACGAGACUUUACAACAUUCCCCACUGGAAUCUGCCGAUAUAACAUGAAAUCAGUGGGUCCACCUAAUAUGUCAUUAUGUACUACUCAUCUACGGAAUCUACUAAGAGGAUAUCAAAGAAAACCCGCACUUCUCAUGAUCAUUGACCAUUGUCCUGAUCGUAUCCAAUAUCCUGAACAAUCUACGCUUUCUCCUGUUCUGAAAAUGUUUUUCGAUAAAUCUCGUAUCGUUUCGUUUUAUAAUUUUACGGUACAGAAUUUCGAUUUAAAUCUGCCGAAAGUAACAGCAGAUGUUGUCUGUUUUCAAGGUUCAAUGAUAUGCAAUAAAAUACGACAAUGGGUUUAUCAUGAACAUUGUAUGGAUUUUGAACAGUUUCAAACACUAGAAUCUUAUCCAUUUUUUCCUAUAUCUUAUCUGUUUUGUCAGGCAGCUAACAGCUACUCGGUUAUUCCUUCUGACAGUGAUGAAGUAUGGCAAACAAAUGAAGACAAAGGAUCAUCCUAUACAUGCAAUCAAUCAGAUCAAGUGAUAUCUCAGCGUCGUAUUAAUGAUGGUUAUACCGAUUGCCUAUUAGGAGACGACGAAAUUAACCAAAAACAGACUAUCCUUGAACCUUACCAAUAUCGUUGUAUAACAGAAGAAUCAAGACAAUUUGUUAGUUAUCAACAAUUAGGAAACAAAAUACGUGAAUGUAUUGAUGGUAGCGAUGAAAUUUCGGUGCGUAUCAAUUGGAAUUUGUUCCUUUGUGAGUAUCCAGACGAUUAUGCAUGCGAGAUGUUUCGAAAUCAUCAAGUUAAUGAUAUUCAAUUACUAUUUCAACGCCAUUGUGAUUCAAUAUGGGACACAAUGGACGGAAAUGAUGAACGAAAUUGUUCAUAUUGGAAGUGCAGCUCGAAUAUGUAUCAAUGUCGCGAAACAGGUCAGUGUAUUGAUCGUUCAUGGAUCUGUGAUGGAGAAUUUGACUGUACUAAUGGUGAUGAUGAACGCAAUUGUUCCAGAUCUAAUACUGGUUGGACGUUGCAAAGUAAGUGCAAUCAAUCAACAGAGUAUUUUUGUAUUACAUUCGAUUUCCUAUCGAAUACUACGUUCAAUCGACCAUGCAUUAAUAAUAAUAAGAUUGGUGAUGAGAAAACUGAUUGUUUAGGUGGAUAUGACGAACGAAAUUUGUUAUCAUGUUCUGAUCAUCAAAUGCUUGGAGAUCGUUUUAUGUGUGAUAACCAGACGAAAUGUAUUGCACCUCAUAAAAUCUGUAAUGGUUUCACUGAUUGUUUCGAUCAGACAGAUGAACUGAUCUGUUUUUGGGAUCGUGGUCAAUGUAAGAUGAACGAGUUUGCCUGUUCAAGUGGUAGAAAAUGUUUACAACAAUCUUGUAAUAGGAACCAAACUUGUCCGAAUGGUGAGCAUUUCCUCUGGUGUCCAAGAAAUACGAGUGUACCGUAUCGAUUCAAUAAAGUGCAACGUACAUCAGAAUAUGUCUCGUUUUGUCAUAGCUAUGUACCAAAAGCUCUUUUAUUGGAAAAUCGUGAACUCAUUCUGCCAACGACAAAUAAGAAUGAGAAACUCAUUCAUGAAUUUUGUAAUCGAGGAUUUUAUCUUUUGACACAAAAUGGAUCAGAAUUAGAUUGUUUUUGUCCACCAAGUUUCUACGGUCAUCGAUGUCAAUACAACCGACGACGAAUCACAGUAGUAGUGCGUCUUGAACGGCGACACCGUUCAGAUCUACCAUUUGUUUUUCAUGUUCUUGUAUUAUUAGUAUGCAAUCGUAGUAUUAUCAUUGAUCAUCAGAUAUUCGCCGAUAUUGAUCAAGAUUUUUUUGAAAAGUAUCAGAUUUAUUUACUAUAUUCGCGACCACGACUUCGAUGUAUUUAUUCUGUUCGCUUUGAAGCGUAUCAUGGCAAUCGAUUUAUUUCAUUUUGGGAAUAUCUUAUUACUCCACUAGAUUUUUUACCUGUCUUUCGUCUAGUCAAGAUAUUACGUUUCCCUGAUAGAACCAUUCCUUGGUUAUGUUCUCAAAAUCUAUGUUUGAAUAAUGGUACCUGUUAUGUGGAUAAUGAGAAUUCUGAGCAAUCUCUGUGCAUAUGUCAAAGAGGGUGGUAUGGAGCAUCUUGUGAAAAAUUAUUAGAACACAGUGAAUGUUCUGCAGACGCUCUUGUUCGUGAUCUAGAUGUUUGUGUUUGUCCUCAUACAUUUCUUUUUCCACAUUGUCAUAUUCAAAAUACCAUCUGUCAACAAGCAAAUAUCUGUACAGCUAACCAAACAUGUUAUGCACUUUCAGUUUUUCCACCUAAUCAAUAUACAUGUCUGUGCCACUCCUCACAAUGCCUCUCAUAUCAAGCAUUUUUAAUGUUACAUCGAAGUAAGCCGAAUGAGCAACCAAUUCUAGUGCAAUUACUUAAAUUAUCAUCUGCCUAUCCCCGUUUACGACAACAAUUCCUUAUUGAAGCAUGGACAGAAUUUCCAGUAAAACGUUUGAUGGAUACCUAUGAUAAAAGAAAAAAAACAACUGGACUUGUACCCGAAGUCGGUUUACUGUACACGUUUACUCCUGAAAUAGAUUCUGUGACCAGUGUGUUGAAUAUCCUCUAUAUCAAUUGCACGAAUAAUCAUCUAUUCGAUAUCAUUAUUGAUCUUGAUGUGCAAUUGCAACAAUGCCACUUUCUUAUGGAUAAUAUUCAUCAGCAUCAUUCCAUCAAAUUGUAUCAUAGUUAUUGUCAAGAUGAAAAAUUUUCUCCAUGCUUCUAUUCAGAUAAUUAUGUAUGUUAUUGCAGUAUUAUUACAAAUCGAAGUGAAUGUCUGACAUAUCGGCAACAUAGCAUCACUUGUUCGUAUUGUAUUAAUCACGGUCUUUGUCUUCGAGGUGAUCUUCAAAAUCGAAAUGAUUUUGUUUGCAUCUGUCCGAAAUGUGUUUCGGGAGAUCUUUGUCAAUUUUCAUUAAAUCGUUUUUCGAUAUCCUUGGAAAUGCUUAUCGAAAAGACUCGAUCAGGAUUUCUUACUUUCGUAGGUCCACUAAUUUUCCUAUUAAUAGGCAUUGUCUUUAAUGGUCUCACUUUUUUUACAUUUUCCGGAAGAAAAGCUAGAGGAACAAGUAUUGGUUUUUUUCUCUUCUUGAGUUCUAUUAUUAGUCAACUUGUUCUCGUCCUUCUAUUUACUCGUGUAGCAUAUCUAGUCGUUGCACGAAAAAUUACCAUUGAUUAUCGUAUAAAUGAAAUGUUUUGCAAGAUUCUACCGUAUUUGAUGUUACCAUUAAACUAUUUCAGUCUCUGGUUGAUGAUUUUUGUCACAGUUGGACGCGCUGUUGCUGUUGCAACUCCAAUUCGCUUUCGUUCAUUUCAAACAGUUUCAAAUGCAAUUAUUCUAUCUAUUCUUACUUUUAUUAUACUUUUUGGAUCUUGCUAUUUUCUCAUUGAUCAAUAUAAAUUAAUACUUCAUCCAGAGGAUUCUCAUCCAUGGUGUGUUCAAGAAAUUCAAUUUCACCAUAGAAAACUUGUUCAAUACAUUUCACUUGUACAUCAAAUGGUUCCAUUCCUUAUUCAUAUGACAGCUGCUCUGAUCAUUAUCAUUGUCGUUAGUCGUUCUCGAGCAGCCAGUCAUCAUCUACCACUCGUAAGUGCACUAUCCUCUGAACUUCGACAACGAGCUGAUCUAUUGUUUAGUCCUAUUAUCUGCUUUGUCACACAACUACCUCAAUUGAUCAUUCUCUUUUUUGAUGCUUGUGAUUAUGAAAAAAGUUCAUGGUUCAUUCAUGGAACACUUAUCGCUUAUUACAUAUCAUUCAUGCCUCAAAUUAGUCUGUUUUUUAUGUAUAUUUUACCAUCACGACUUUAUAAACAAACUUUCCUACUCGAAACAAAAUUCGGCAAAUUCUUAAAAGAAUCAUUUCAUAUGCAACACAUUUUUCAAUACAACAAAACAUUAGCUUAUAUAAAAAAGAUGAUAUCACUUUUAACUAUGAUCAUUCUUUGUACUAUUUUUCAUUAUACGCAAAGCACUGCCUACGAUAUUACUACUUCAACAUCGAACUGGCAAUCGAUUUUGACUAAUUUAAAAGCAGGUGAUAUUGCUACAAUUCAUUAUGGUAUCUAUACAACUUCUGGCUCUGGUUAUUUUCAGCUCACGUUAAAUGGUCUACUGACAGAACCCAUUAUUAUUCGAGGUGCACUCAAUGAGUCACGCCCUGUUAUUCAAUGUGCACAAGCUGGCGCUAAUUCUCAAAAUAUUAUAAACAUUCAAGGUUUAAAUUUUAUGAUAAAAGAUAUUGCAUUUACUAAAGGUUCAAGAGGUGUACGUUUAGGACCAGCAGUUACAUCAAAUGCAAUUUUUGAUAAUAUCUACAUUUAUAAUACUACUGGAACAGGAUUUUCAGCAAAUGAUGUUGGAAAUGAAUAUAGUAAUAUAACUUUAAGAAAUAGUGAAAUUACUAAUACAGCUGCAUUGAGCGCUACAACAGGUGAAUGUGUUUAUCUUGGUUGUGAGAAUGAUGCAUGUCGAAUUCGAGAUUCUAUCAUUGAUCACAAUUAUUGUCAUGAUACACUUGGUUCAGUAGGAGGAUCACGAGCUGGUUUUCAAGUUAAAACUGGCUCAUUUAAUAUUAAAAUUCUUAAUAAUGUUUGCUAUGAAACAGUUGGUCCUUGUAUUGUUGUUUAUGAUGAUUAUAAUCGUGGACGAAAUUUGAUUGAUGGUAAUAUUGCAAUUGAUGCUGGCACAGAUGAUCUCGGCAUACAAUGUACUUCGGGAGCAACAGUCACCAAUAAUAUUGUCAUCAAUGCAAAUCUUGCUGGAAUUGGUGUGCUACAAAAUUCCAUUUAUCCUGCGGUUGGCUACAUUCGAAAUAUAACCAUAAGUCAUAAUACUGUUUAUAUGUCACAAGCAGAUGCAUGCCUUCGUCUAAAUGGCUUAUCAAAUAAUAAUAUAUUAAUUUCAAACAAUGUAUUGUAUUGUGAAAAUCAAAAAUCAAUCAAAUCUUCUGCGAACUUAGCUGGUUAUUCGAUUCUUAAUAAUGCUGUAAAUGGUAUUGUUGACGCUGCAGGCAUUCAAUCGGGUGGAAUAUUCACAGUUGAUAAUACUAUCUUCUUGAAUAUUAACUCAUAUGAUUUUUAUCCAGCAGUGAAAUCUGCAUUAAUCGGUACCGGUAUAACUCUUAGUGACCAAUUUGUUGUUUAUGAUUUCAAUGAGCAAUUACGAUCUACAGUAACACCAACUGUUGGUGCUUAUGAAUAUUCGACAGCAACAAAUCCUGGUUGUCAAAUAACAAACAAUUUUAAAUGUGGUUCAGCUACAGCUGCUAUAUCGAAUUGA